ACUGCCCACAUUUGGUCUUGUAUUCUCACGAACUUCUAUUGAGAAAGAUCAAAGAGGAAGAAAUGCGAGAAAAUCCCAAGCUUACAAACGCCUUCAAAGCUUCUAAAGAUUCGUCAAGUGAAGAAUCAAGCGAGUCAAAUGACUCAAGCUCCUCGGAAGAGUCAAGUGACGAGGAAGAUGAAGAGAAGGCAAUGAGAAUGAAGUAUACGGAUUUUCUCAAAUGGAAGAAAUAUGUUAAGAGAAAAGAAGUAUAUUCAAAGUCGAAGAAAGAACGACAUAAAACAAGAGUUUGACUGCCCGAGGAGGAAGACGAUGAACAGUGCACGGUAGACCCCUACCGCUGGUACGGUAGAUAAGUACCGUCCAAACGGUACCAACCUACCGCCGGAACGGUAGGAUACUGCCGUCGCCUUCUGAACUCCCUUGGCGAUACCUGCCAACCGACGGUAGGCAGAAUGAAUGAUUGGCUUGUUC